AUGAACCAGAAUUUAACCUAUACCACUUAUACGACGGAUCCUCGAGCCCCUCAAGGGCAACAGGCGAUGUCGUUUCACCCAUCAUCGUACCAAUCAACAACGUAUACAACCUCAUCUACUGCACCAUUUCAUUCAUCAAGCUCUACAGCUUUCAUUCCCAACAACACAAUCACGCUGCAACAAACGCCUCAAUCAAGUCGUGGAGGUCAAGUAACGCAGGCACAGAUGCGCCUGUCGGCCGAUAGUGACGAAAAAAGGAUUUCACAGCUGCUUGACACUUAUUUCUUAGAUCAGCCGGCAUCAACGUCUACAUGGGCAACGCCUAGUCAUCAAACAGUACAGGUUCAGUCUAGCCAGCCACUUCAAGGACUACAGGUGGGCCAGCUCACUCCGCAGAUUUCCUACCAAGGUGGCACAUUGGUCACGACCUCGAAUGUGAAGACUGUCAACAUGAACUUGAAACCUUCUCCAAUUUCUCCUGAUAAAGCUGAAAAGGAGCGCUUGAAAAAGGCUCGCCAGGCUGAAGCUGCCCGAAUGAGAUACCACCGCUUGACUCCUGCCGAAAAGCGAGAACUGAAUCUCAAAAGGACUCUUGCGCAGAAAAGGAAGAGGCAGAGAGAGAAAGAACUUGAGGAAUUGGAGUCAAUUCUUAGGGAAACGAAUGACAUUCAGGAAGAUCCAGAUAUCACUGAGCAGCUUCGUGAAAAGAGAAUGAGGGCGAAAUGGGCCGAAGCGGCUCGUCAAAGGUAUGCCAGAAUGACGCCCGAGGAACGUCGAGCGCACAACAAUCGCCGUCGAAUGCGUCAGAUGCAGAAUGCGUUGGCUGCCGUAAAGGCUGCUGGUGGUACUGGCGAUCCUAUCAAAGACGAAGAGGCAGUUAGAGCCCAUAUUAAGGCACAAAAUGCGAAAAAAGCUGAGGCAGCUAGGCAAAGAUACCAUCGCAUGUCAGAAGAGGAGAAACGCAUUUACAACCAGCGUCGUACGGAAGCAUUCCGACGACGUAGAAUGGAGGAAGAAAUGCUACUAGCUAUGCCGAUUGGCAGGAUUAAUGGAGAAGCUCUGGACAGGGCUCAGCAAAUCGUUGUACGUAAUGCAAAACGGGCAGAAGCAGCACGUCUGCGAUAUCAACGAAUGACUCCGGACCAGAGAAAGUCCUACAAUCAAAAGCGAUACACACCAAAACGUAGGCGUAUGGAAGGCAUGGAUUCCAUGUUGUCGUCCAGCGGCGGAUCUUUGGCUGGAUCCUGUAAAAAGGAGGAGGAUGCUUUGACCGCUAUCGAGCGGGAUGUCCUCAAGAAAACUCAACAAGCGCAGCAGGCAAUUAUGCGUCAACAACGGCAAGCAGUGCAAGUGAUUUCUCAACCGGUGGCCACUACUCCCACUCCACAGGGAGUUCAGGGCGGUACAUACAUUAUCCAGCAAGGGUCGUCGACACCUGUUACCCAUAUUGGGCAGGGUCAAGUGCAACAGGUUUGUUGCUGA